AUGGACCUUUUGGGUAUUGACGGAGGAAUCGGCUUCGAGCGCUCGGCCGGUCUUACCUCGAUGAAAGUGUCGGGGUCGGCCAAGUACUUGCAGUCGAAGGCAACAAGCAACCUGGAGGUGCGCAGCACCCUUCGCAUGACCGUCACCACCGUGCGGCGGACUUUGAAUGCAUUGGACCCAGACCUUCAGUCCCUACGCUUCGACUUCAUCCCGCCACAGGCCACGCACUUCGUAAGCUCAAUCCAGUAUGGCGCUGCUUGCUCGGCAACCUUUAUACAAAAUGCAGAGAGCGAGAAUGAGAAGGAGGUGAUUCAAGGCUCGCUACGUGGCGAGAUGAAAACGGCGAUGAUCCGGCUCGAGGCUGAAGUCAACUUGGACCUUCAGGACCAAUCGGAUUUCAGCAACAAAACAACUACGGUCGAGGUCUUUGGUGAUGUGAUUCCCCGUGGCAGUGCGCCCAGUGUGGAACCGGCAGCUACCGAGGCUCCAGUGGAAAGCCGCCGGCUAAGUGCUCAACGUAGGCUGGCAAAGCGAAAGUCAGGACGACGCCUGAGCGAGAAUGCUCCUACCACAUGUUGGGACAGGCCCAAUUGGAAGGAUGGAAGGAGUGGCCAGACGUGCGAGGACUACCGGCAGAAUUACUGCGACGGCCAACGCUACAAGCCAAGUCUGAAUGCAAACCGUAGCUCUGGAGACGUCAACUCCCCGGAUCUUUACUGCUGCGGCUGCGGGCGAUGCUCAGACGAGGAUCACUGGACUGAUCCUCACGGCAAGGACUGUGAUUACUACCGGCCGAACUUUUGCCAGAGUGGCUUUUACGAUGGCUCUACGUCUGCAGCUCGCGUCAAUCGUCCAGACUUGAACUGCUGCGGCUGCGGCAGGUGUACAGACACAGUAGGGUGGAAUGCUGGAGUUGUUUGGGAACAAGCAAUGGGUUCGGGUGAAUAUUUUAAGAUUAUUUAUGAUUGUGCUUGGAUGGUCGCCAACGGAGUUUGUCAAAAUACGACGUACCGUCCUAACGAUCCCAAACGGGAAGAGAAAGCCGCAGCGGACAACUUUCCAGACCUGCACUGUUGCGCUUGUGGCAAGUCCGAUACAUACGUCCAUGCAGUGCACUUGACACCAACCAGCACAACGACAACCACCACAACGACGCCCGUGGCGACUACCACGACGACCACGACGACCACCACUGCACUCUAUGCGUUGGGUGACGACCCAUUGCUUGAUGAGGAUGCGGGUCGACGCCGGCGGAGUGUCACAAUUCAGAAACCGUCACGGGUGCCCACAGACCCGCAGAGUGCGUUGGACUACCUUUCCAAGGUGCAUGUGGCGGCUCUGGAGGACGGGGGCGUCCCCAUGCGAAUCACUCUCACGCCGGUGAAGUGGCUGGUCAGUGGCCAUGAGGCUGUCGCAAAAAGACUGACAGCGGAGAUCAUCAACAAGGCAAUCGACAUUAUGGAAGACUCCGAUGAAGGUGUCCGAAUUAUCAAUGACUUGGCCGCCAGGACCAACCUGGGAUUUCAGUCUUGGACCUGGGAGGUUGAGCUCUUCAACCGUAGGCAGCAGGAGUACCAGCGGGAGUACAAGGCAACUCUUGCAAAAGCCUUGUUGGAGUACAGGACCUUGAACAAGCUUGAGGAGGUGGAGAGCAUCCUUGCCAGUCAUUCCUCGAGCAACUUCACGCUUGACUUGAUCCGAAAGUACCGUGAGGAGCAGUCUGAUGCCUUGCUCUCGCUCGCCAGCUUGGUGCUUCCUUUACAGGAUGAUGGUGGGGCCACACUGGCAACGCAGUUCGCACACUACGUCGGUCCGACGCUCUCCCUGAACUACGACGCGGUGGUGGCGCUGAUUGUGGCGGGCAUGAGCCCCGCAAGUAGCCGCGACACCAUUGUGAACGUGAGGCGUUUCCUGGCUUUUGGCAGGAAAAUGGGUCCAGUACCUCAUUGCUUGAAGGCAGCUCGCACGGGGUCAGGCUCCAGACAGCAGGAGUGUGUCGAAAACUACAAGUUGGUUGUCAUUCACUUCGAUUCCUACUGCUCCCAGUUUUGUCCAAAGGCUUUUUGCACUCCAACGACGUACAAGUGCUCAAAUGCAGCCGCUUCCGAAGCGCUGGACUUCUUGGCCGACAGAGAAGCCUGGUGCCGAAACCCAUGCACGCGGGUGGUGGCGCACUACAAGCAGGGUCCGGCCAUGAGUGCCGAGCGGCUCUUGCCCCAGAUCCCUUCGGCACCAGCAAUCCUUGAGGCUUCGGCGGGCGAGCAAGAGCAGGAUCCCUUGAAUCAGCGGGUGCAGAUCCGAGUUGGCGGCUUGAGUGCCGGGAUCAUCUCCUUACGCUUCCGCAUCAUCCAUGAGGAGUUUGACGUGGAGUCGAACCAGUGGAUCAAGUUCCACCGCGUCUUUGAGACAGCCGUGUCCGAGGACAUCAUCACGGUGGGGCAGCUAGUUGCUGGGAGAUAUUAUACCUUCCAAGUUGCGGCCGUGAACGAGGUCGACGAAGGUCCAUACAGUGCGAUCUUCCCAGACACUCCAAUGGGAUUGCUUGUUGGUCGUCGCACCGUCACGAUUGAACCGUUUAGUGCUAUCCACCAAUCCAGUGGCGAGAAUCGGGUGGAUUCGUGCACGGCAGCAGAGGCCGCAGGCAUCAGCUUGACCAACACCGCCCCAAACUGGCUGGCCUGGCACGUGCGGCUCACCAUCAGCGAGCUUCCCAGGAACCAGGAAAAUGCGGCCAGCGUCGAGUUCUCAGAUGGCAACGGGACUUCCUUCAACUGCUUGAACUUCGAGCUCGACCCAGACAGCCGGCACUCUGCGAGUUGCCGCAUUCCCUGCCACGAGUCGAACAUCUCCAGGCCGCUGGCAGUCACCGUCUGGGACUCCAAUCUCCUCACCAAGAUUGCGGAGGGCCAACUACAGCACGAGGCGCCGUCGCCGGAUUCCUGCGGGACUUUCACGCCAGAGAAAUACCUCUUCUGUGACGUGCCAGAUGUCCGGCAACGGCGGUGCAUGGUUGCCACAUCCACCAACGCCUCGGCAUGUGACACAUGCUUGGAUGCCGCCACCCCGAAAACCUUCAGAGUGGCUCCCAACCACUGCACUGGUUUUCAAUGCCAGCCUAAUGAGCUGUGGUGCCCGUUGCCGGAAAUCGGCUGUUUCGGCACUACUGGUACAUCCUGCAGUACCUGCUACUCUGGAAGCUUGGAGUUGGCAGUGGAGGGCGGCAUUUUGUGUGCGCUGCCUUGCGAGGUCUCAGUAGACGUCCCGAAUCUCAUCGUCGAGACAGGAGCGCUCACGGUUACUCCUGGCAGCAGCAUCAAUGUGUUGUGCGAUGUCGGCACCGCACCUGAGUGGGACGAAUCCUCGGGUGGCCCUCGAACCUCCCAGCUCAACUUCACGUGUCCACGUGGCAACACGCAGCUCGACCACAGAAUCAGCGAGCUCUCCAGUUAUCCUGCUUGCAGGCCGACGUGUGCCGCAGGCACGGUUCAAGACGAUGACUUCAACACAUACUCGCAUGGCGACAUGCUGCACAAGCAGGCGAUGAAUCUCACCUGCGACACAUCACGCUACGAGUCCGGCAUGGUGUGGCUGCAAUGCAUGGAUGGCGCGGUUCAGAUCGCAUCAUCAACUUGCCAGGUGACCUUCAGCGCCAGGACGGUGGAGCACGCAAGCCUUGCACGUCCUUCCAUUGCUCGCCAGUUCAACUUCUUUAAGGGAGUUGUCAACGGAGCAAAGACGCACUUCUAUGCCACCACUUAUGAGAAUACUUUUUCAAUUCUCGCUUUGGGUUCAAGCUUCGGAGCCACCGAAGUCUCCGGACAGUACUUGUCUGAAGACGUGAACCCCGAUUCGAGUGCCGGAUACGCCGACUACGGCUACUUCUUUGCGGCGAAUCCAGCAGCCGGGUAUAGAUUUGAUCUCAGCGACAGCCCGAGCUCGACCCGCGUAUUGCUCAGUGAAGUGGAGAGCGCAUUCCUCGACGACAACUUCAACGACGGGCACAAGUUCGGGCGAGCCUUCGUUGGCAGCACCUACCUUUACGUCGAAGCCAAAGGGAAAGAUGCCCAGAAUGCACCGAAGCGCUUCUUGGCUCGGAUGUCCUUGAACCCCUUCGCCUACGUGGACAAGAUGGACAUGAGUGACUGGAAUGGUGCCUUUAGCUCGACUUCCGCCGACGACAUGGUGGGCGGCUUCGAGUACCUGAGCAAAGUCUACGUGUGCCACGACCACGGCGGGAUGUGGAAGUUUGACAGGGACACCUUUGCCAACGCAACAGAGGUGGCGGCAGUCAGGGCAUUGUUAUAUACAGAUACAACAAGUGCGUACAAUCCGCCUAACGAUUUCAAUCCCAGUUACGGCGAACGGAUGGGCUGCUUCCGCUCAGGGGACCGUGCUUUCCUGUACUCAAGAGUUGAGCAACAGCUUCUGAUGCUAAAUCUCGCUUCAGACCCCGAGCAAGUCGUUAACGUUCCGAUUAUGACAACUCCUGGUUGGAUCGACUCCAUCAAGAAGAUCCAGGACGGCAUCGCCAGCCCGAUCGAUCACUUUGUCUACUUCUUCGCCAACUAUGGAAUUUACCGCUUUGACCCGGAGACGCUGUCGGGGUCUUGGCUAGAAGUCAGUGCUUGGUCUGGUAAGGCCGGUCAAGAACUUCAGGGCUUCACCGAUGGUGCCUACAUCUAUGUCUAUCACCGAUUUGCAGAAGUCGGGGAGGUGGCAAGGGUGCCUAUCGCAGCCGUGUAA